AUGCUCCAAAUGCAGAAGUUCCUUCCCAACGGUGACUCGAUUGCAUUCGCACAUCGUUCGUUGUGCCACCAACCCUCCCAGCAUGGCUGGCAUAACCAGCAAUGUCAUUGGCAAGCACAAGUACAAGAAGCGUUUGAAGAAGAGGCUACUCCUUUAGAUAAAAGUAAAUGUCAUUUGGAAGUUUAUGAUGAGGAUUGCCAGUCAAGCCUCUUAGCAACAGAAGAAAUGGACAUGCCUCGUCAAUUUGAAACUGUAAUUGAUAUUGAACCUUGUGAAAUGGUGGUUGAAUCAAAGGAACCAAUGAUGAUGCUGUCGAAUAAGCACAUUGAAAAGCAAGACCCAGAAGUUUCAAAGACUGAUGUUGUUGUGGAGGAUGAUGUCAUAAAGGAUACUUGCAAAGUAUUUGAAGUUGUUCAGGCAAAGCCAAAUGUAAUAAUGACUCAGGCCAGUGAUAUCUGUCAGGCUAGUGUAUCAUCAGUUGAACUGGUAACCCAGGUUGCUGAAGAGACAGCAACCAAAUUUAUUCAAAAUGCUGAUCAUUUGACCCAGCUACCAACACAAGUGAUUUUGUCCAAUAAUCAAAUUAAGCAACUUCCAUCGCAAGUGACAUUAUCAAAUGCCCAGUUGCCUCAAGUACCAACACAAAUGGCUUUGUCACAUGCACAACUACUUCAGCUGCCAGCCCAAGUGACCCUUUCAAAUGCACAACUAUUACAAUUACCUGCACAGAUGGCCUUGCCAAGCACACAGAUGAAUCUCUCAAAUGUACAACUGGCACAGUUACCAACCCAGGUGGCUCUGUCAAAUACACAGCUCACCCAAAUUCCAACACGGGUGACACUUGCAAAUGCUCAUUUGACUGCCUUGCCUACCCAUGUAGCCCUUUCAAACCCACAAUUGUCCACCCAUUUGACUCUUUCAAAUACACAUUUGGCUCAAUUGCCAACUCAAGUGACCCUAUCAAAUACACAGUUGACACAACUACCAACCCAGGUGACUCUAUCAAAUGCUCACCUGACUCAGAUUCCCACGCAAGUGAUCCUUUCAAAUGCACACCUAACACAGCUGUCAACCGAGAUGCCUGUUCCAAGAAGUGUUGUUACCAAAUUGAAAAAUUCUGUCCAUAUGAAAACCAUGUCUCAAGAAAAUCUUUGCCCAGAACAAAUUGAGAAUAAUAAUGAUGAUGAUGAUAACCUCAAUACUGAGACAAUACCAGCCAGUAUAAAUGUUCGAAGUCGAGAACUCAUGGACAAUGCUACGUCCAAUAUGUCAAGUCUGAUGAACUUUUUAAAGGGAAAUAUUGGUACUGGUAUCUUGGCUAUGCCUUAUGCAUUUGCACAGGCAGGACUGUGGUUGGGCCUUGUUGGUAUUUUAAUCUUAGGAGCAAUAGCAACUCACUGUAUGCAUAUGUUGGUCAAUUGUAGCCAUAAGUUGUGUGAACGGACAUCUUCAGUGGCCUUGGACUAUCCAGAUGUUGUUGAAUGCUGUCUAAGGACAGGUCCCCAAAGACUUCGUUCAACUGCUACUAUCUUCAGAAAAGUUAUUUAUGUUUUUAUAACAUUUACACAAUUUGGUUUUUGCUGUGUGUAUAUCGUAUUUGUGGCCCAGAAUAUUAAACAGCCAAUUGACUAUUUUCAUACCAAGAUUGAUAUUAAAGUAUAUAUUGCGAUAACUGCGGCUCUCUUGAUCCCUUACUGUUUUAUUAGCAACCUCAAGACUUUGUCAAUCUUCUCUCUGUUGGCCAACCUUCUCACAGUUUGUGGCCUUGUCAUCACCUUCCAAUAUAUUGUCCAGAAGUUGCCUCCGAUUGAUUCAGUGGCAGCUUUCAAGCCUCUAUCCAAUUUACCUUCCUUCUUUGGCACUGCCAUUUAUUCUUUUGAAGGAAUCAGUCUGGUUUUGCCAAUUGAAAACAAAAUGCGGACACCACAGGAUUUUGGAGGAUGGACAGGUAUAUUAACCUUGGGCAUGGUCAUUGUUGUUUGUCUCUACACAUCCAUUGGUUUUUAUGGUUACCUACAAUUUGGUUGUCAUGUGGCGGGAAGCAUCACUUUAAAUUUGCCUAGUCAAUGGUUAUAUAUUAUGGUGAAACUUCUCUUAGCCAUUGCAAUCUUCAUAUCUUUUGGCAUCCAAUUUUAUGUUCCACUAAACUUAUUGAAACCAGUGAUUGGGAGAAUUGAAUCUACGAAAAUACAGAAAAUUGUUAAUUUUUUUAUCAGAAUUGGACUCAUCCUUUUUCUAUGUAUCCUUGCUCUUUUCGUACCUUACUUAGAACUUCUGAUCACUUUGAUUGGGGCCUUUGCCAGCAGUGGAUUAGCCCUUAUCUUUCCACCACUCAUUGAAAUUGUCACAUAUUCAGCUGAAGGAGAAAAAUUAUCUUGGAUUGUUUUUAUGAAAGAUAUCUUUAUCAUCUUAAUUGGUGUUCUUGGUUUUGUAACAGGUACUUACACUUCUAUAGCGGAUAUCAUCCAUAAAGUACAACUCUAA